AUGCCGAGGUCCGCCUUGUCAGUCAUUUCCUUUUGUCACCGGCUUGGCAAACAGGAGAGAAAACGGAGCUUCAUGGGGAACAGCAGCAACAGUUGGUCCCACACGCCGUUCCCCAAGCUGGAGCUGGGGCUGGGGUCCCGGCCCACGGCGCCCCGCGAGCCGCCCUCCUGCUCCAUCUGCCUGGAGAGGCCGCGUGAGCCCAUCUCGCUGGACUGUGGCCACGACUUCUGCCCGCGGUGCUUCAGCACCCACCGCGUGCCUGGCUGCGGGCCGCCCUGCUGCCCCGAGUGCCGCAAGACCUGCAAGCGGAGGAAGGGCCUGCGGGGCCUGGGGGAGAGGAUGAGGCUCCUGCCGCAGAGGCCGCUGCCUGCCGCCGCGCUGCAGGAGACCUGCGCUGUGCGGGCUGAGCCGCUGCUGCUGGUGCGGAUCAACGCUUCGGGGGGCCUCAUCCUGCGAAUGGGCGCCAUCAACCGCUGCCUGAAGCACCCGCUGGCCAGGGACACCCCCGUCUGCCUCCUUGCCGUCCUGGGAGGGCCACACUCAGGGAAGACCUUCCUCCUCAACCAUCUGCUCCAGGGCCUGCCCGGCCUGGCAUCCGGCGAGGGCAGCUGGCCGAGGGGCGCGGGCUCCGGGCAGGGAUUCCGGUGGGGAGCCAACGGCCUCUCCAGGGGCAUCUGGAUGUGGAGCCACCCCUUCCUGCUGGGGAAGGAGGGGAGGAAGGUGGCCGUGUUCCUGGUGGACACGGGGGACGUCAUGAGCCCGGAGCUGAGCAGGGAAACAAGGACCCGGCUCUGCGCCCUCACCUCCAUGCUGAGCUCCUACCAGAUCCUCACAGCCUCUCAGGAGCUGAAGGACACAGACCUGGAGCACCUGGAGACGUUUGUCCACGUGGCCGAGGUGAUGGGCAGACACUAUGGCAUGGUGCCAAUCCAGCACCUGGACCUCUUAGUUCAUGACUCCUCCCACCCUAGCAAGGCUUGGCAGGGUCACAUGGGCGACGUCAUCCAGAAAUCAUCCGGCAAGUACCCCAAGGUCCAGGGGCUGCUCCAAGGGAGGAGAGCCCGCUGCUACCUCCUGCCGGCUCCUGGGCGGCGGUGGGCGAGCCGAGGCCAUGGAAGCUCAGGCGACACAGAUGAUGAUGCCGGCCGCCUGCGCGCCUAUGUGGCUGACGUGCUGAGUGCGGCCCCCCAGCACGCCAAGAGCCGCUGCCCAGGCUACUGGAGCGAAGGGCGCCCCGCAGCCCGGGGGGACCGACGCCUGCUCACAGGGCAGCAGCUGGCUCAGGAGGUCAAGAACCUCUCGGGCUGGAUGGGAAGGACAGGGCCCAGCUGCGCCUCCCCGGACGAGAUGGCCGCUCAGCUGCACGACCUGCGGACGGUGGAAGCUGCCAAGAAGGAGUUUGAGGAAUACGUGCGGCAGCAGGAUGCAGCCACCAAGCGCAUAUUCUCUGCGCUCCGGGUACUGCCGGACACCAUGCGGAACCUCCUGUCAGCCCAGAAGGACACGCUGCUGGCCCGGCACGGGGCAACCUUGCUGUGCACCGGGAGGGAGCAGACCUUAGAGGCCCUGGAGGCCGAGCUGCAGGCCGAGGCCAAGGCCUUCAUGGACUCCUACACCGUGCGCUUCUGUGGCCACCUGGCCGCCGUCGGCGGCGCAGUGGGCGCGGGGCUCAUGGGCCUGGCAGGGGGCGUGGUGGGCGCUGGCAUGGCCGCAGCGGCGCUGGCCGCAGAGGCUGGGAUGGUGGCAGCAGGAGCCGCGGUAGGGGCCACAGGGGCGGCCGUGGUUGGGGGAGGUGUGGGUGCCGGGCUGGCGGCCACGGUGGGCUGCAUGGAGAAGGAGGAAGACGAGAGGGUGCAGGAGGGGGACCGGGAGCCCCUGCUGCAGGAGGAGUGA